AUGGCCGCCUGUGAGCUCUCUGCCCGCUGGGAUCUGGCCAUAGCCCUGUUGGACGAAGCUCGCGCUCGCCAGCUGCAACUGACGCUUGUGGCUUGCAGCACUGCCGUCAGUGCCUGCAGUCAAGGCCGGAAAUGGAAUUGGGCUCUUUGGCUUCUGAGGGCAGCCCAGGCGUUUUCGCUGGAUGUAACCAUCUACUGCGCGGCGCUCACGGCUUGUGGAAGGGCAGGCCAAUGGAGGCAUUCCAUUGCUCUGUUGGAUGAAAUGAGCUCUGCGCAGCUUGCCGCAGACAAGGUGACUUGUGCGGCUGCCGUGGCGGCAUGUGAACGUGCUGGAAAGUCAGAUCAUGGUCUCCGCCUACUUCGAGGCACGGAGGACAGGAUCCUGUCCUGGAUGUUCGACGA